GUAUUCAUUCAACAGACUCUUUACUUUGUGGUAAAGCAUCCAGAAUCCAAACUUUUGGCUUAAAACUGGACUCUUUUCUUCAUUCUACAAAGACAGAUCUUCAGUAAGUUUGCAGGAAUCUGGAUUUAUUGAAAACAGAAAUUCUGCAGUUAUAGCUAAAAAAAAAAUCUAAAAAAUAACCAGCAAGAGCAGCUAAACUAAAUAUUUGCAAAAAUGCAAGCCAUUCGUCAGUGUUCUGCAUGUGCAAGACAUGCUGUAGGAGGACUUGUACGAAAUCAAGAUGUAUCCCUGUUGCAAAGAAGAAGUGCAUCCAGCAUCCGCUACCUCAGCACUUGUGAGAACAGGAGGUCUGGAGUCCAGAAACCCGGAGAACUGACAAACCCAACACACAUCAGCCUGGCCUCUUUAAGUGUUGGCCACGGACUUUGGCAGGUGGAAGAUCUUUCCCAUAACUCACUGAUCAGGAGGGCCGCCUCAGUGCUGACCGACAGCUCGAGUACCUUCCUCUCUCAGGCCACCUUGGCUCUCACGGAAGCGCUAACAGACUACUCAAAGGCUGUGCACUCACGGAUCACUUUUCAAAAACGAUACCUUGCAUCACUGGGCAAGAUGAGUCCAUCGGAGGAGGAAUCCCUCCGGCGGGCAAUCAGUGGCUGGCGUGCAGAGGCUGCUGAGAGACUCAAUGAAUGCAAACAUUAUGACUCAACCUGGAUCAAUGCUGUUAAUAUCUCAAAAAUGGCAGCUGAGGCAGCAUACUCAUCAGGAGCUCAUCAGGCAUCCAUCCUGGUCCAAACAAAUAUUCAGGUGGCACAGUCCCAGGUGGAGGAGGCACGAAAACUGUCAGCAGAGGCCGACAAGAAGCUUGCUGAGACUAAAGUGGAGGAGAUCCAGAGAAUGGCUGAAUACAAUGCUUUUCUGGACGGCAACGAGCAUGAGGUUCAUGAGGCUUAUCUACGGGAAGACUGAGCCAAGCAGAAUAGAAAACCUUGUCAAAGUGCAAUUGAUUUCCUUUGGAAAUUUUGAUAUACCUACAGUGUUUGUUUCCUCUCCCCUUUAACUACUCUCUGGAGUCUGUAGCAUUGUAUAUAUUGAGCAUAUUUAUAUUAACGUGAAAACCGUCUAAUUUUAAAGGGAAAUAACUGAAUAGCACUUUUUAGAGCAUUAACCACUGUAUAACUUUUUAAGUCUAUUUAUUUGAUUUGUGAAUGUUCCACAAUUAAUGAAAUUGAGAAAAAAGGCUCUUGACUGUGAGUCGUAUGAGAAAAA